GGAAAGAUGAACAAUGUAACAGAAUUCAUCUUGCUGGGCCUGACCCAAAAUCCACAACUGCAGAAACUCUUAUUUACUGUGCUUCUACUGGCCUAUUUGAUCACACUGGCAGGUAAUAUGCUCAUCUCUGUCACCAUCUUCAUCAGCCCAGCCCUGGGCUCUCCCAUGUACUUCUUUCUGUCUUGUUUGUCCAUUAUAGAUGGUUUCUACUCUUCUUCCAUAGCACCCAAAAUGAUCUUUGACUUGAUCUCUGAAAAGAACACCAUAUCCUUCAGUGGCUGCAUGACUCAGCCCUUUACUGAACACUUUUUUGCUGCAGCUGAGAUCAUCCUGUUAAUGGCCAUGGCCUAUGACCGCUAUGUGGCCAUCUGUAAGCCCUUGCACUACAUGACCAUCAUGAACCRGCAGGUGUGUGCUUUCCUGGUGGGGGCUGCUGGGGUCUUGGGGUUUAUUCAUGGAGGGAUACAGAUUUUGUUUAUGGCUCAGUUACCGUUCUGUGGACCUAAUGUCAUCGACCACUUUAUGUGUGAUUUAAUUCCUCUCCUGGAACUGGCCUGCACAGACACCCGCACUUUGGGGCCCCUGAUUGCUGCCAACAGUGGGUCACUGUGUUUGAUCAUCUUCUCCAUGCUGGUGGCUUCCUAUGUCAUCAUCCUGCGUUCCCUGAGGUCUCAUAGCUCUGAAGGGCGCCGAAAAGCACUGUCUACCUGUGCCUCUCAUGUCACAGUUGUCAUCUUAUUCUUUGUACCUUGUUCAUACCUGUACCUCAGACCUGUGGCCUCCUUCCCUGCUGACAAAGCUGUGACUGUGUUUUGUACCCUAGUGACACCUAUGUUAAACCCUUUGAUCUACACCUUCAGAAAUGAGGAAGUGAAAAAGGUUCUGAAGAAGAUCUGGCUUCAGUUGAUGAAAGCUGAUGAAAAAUAA